UGACGUCAUCCGGAACCCGACGAGGCGGGGCGGCUGGCCCAGGCGGCUGGAGGGUCCUCGCGGAGCCAAGAUGAGCGAGGGCAGCGCGGGCGACCCAGGUCGCGGGUCCAGCCGGCAGCGGGCCACACACCCAGAGAACAUGUCUCUGGGUUCUAGCUGCUUCUCUCCGCCUGUGAACUUCCUUCAAGAGCUGCCAAGCUAUCGAUCAGUGGCGCGCAGGAGGACAAACAUCGUCUCCCGGGACAAGCAGAGCGGCACCCUGCUAAAGCCGACGGACUCCUACAGUUCCCAGCUGGAUGGAGGAAUCACAGAAAACCUCAACAGUCAGUCCAUCCGCAAGUACGCGCUGAACAUCUCAGAGAAGCGGAGACUGAGGGACAUUCAGGAAACCCAGAUGAAGUAUUUAUCGGAGUGGGACCAGUGGAAACGGUACAGCAGCAAGUCCUGGAAGAGGUUCCUAGAGAAAGCCCGUGAGAUGACCACCCACCUGGAGCUGUGGCGGAAGGACAUCCGCAGCAUCGAAGGGAAGUUCGGCACGGGGAUCCAGUCCUACUUCUCUUUCCUACGGUUCCUGGUGGUCCUGAACCUGGUGAUAUUCCUGAUCAUCUUCAUGUUGGUUUUGCUCCCCAUCUUGCUCACCGAGUACAAGAUCACCAACAGCACCUUCGUGUUCGUGCCGUUCAAAGACAUGGAUAUUGAGUGCACAGUCUAUCCAAUGAGCAGCCCUGGCCUCAUUUACUUUUACAGUUUCAUCAUCGACUUGCUCUCUGGAACGGGUUUCCUGGAGAAGACCGGCCUUUUUUAUGGACACUACACCAUUGAUGGAGUAAAAUUCCAGAACUUCACGUAUGAUCUGCCCCUGGCUUACUUAAUAAGCACAAUUGCCUACCUGGCCCUGAGUCUCCUCUGGAUAGUGAAAAGGUCAGUGGAAGGGUUCAAGAUCAACCUGAUCCGGAGCGAGGAGCACUUCCAGAGUUACUGUAACAAGAUCUUCGCUGGCUGGGACUUCUGCAUCACCAACCGCAGCAUGGCAGAGCUGAAACACAGCAGCUUGCGCUAUGAGCUCCGAGCAGAUCUGGAGGAAGAGCGGAUACGACAGAAAAUAGCCGAAAGGACCUCGGAGGAAACCAUACGCAUUUACUCUCUGAGGCUGUUCUUGAACUGCAUCGUGCUGGCCGUGCUUGCGGCCUGCUUCUAUGCCAUCUACCUAGCCACUACCUUCUCACAAGAGCACAUGAAGAAGGAAAUUAACAAGAUGGUUUUUGGGGAGAACCUCUUGAUAUUGUACCUCCCGUCCAUUGUGAUCACACUGGCCAAUUUCAUCACCCCAAUCAUCUUUGCCAAGAUCAUCCACUAUGAGGAUUACUCGCCAGGCUUCGAGAUCCGCCUGACAAUUCUUAGGUGUGUCUUCAUGCGGCUGGCCACCAUCUGCGUGCUGGUGUUCACGCUGGGCUCCAAGAUCACGUCCUGCGGUGACAACACCUGUGAACUCUGCGGCUAUAACCAGAAGCUCUACCCGUGCUGGGAGACACAGGUGGGACAGGAAAUGUACAAGCUGAUGAUCUUCGACUUCAUCAUCAUCCUGGCAGUGACACUGUUCGUGGAUUUCCCUAGGAAGCUCCUGGUGACCUACUGUGCAUCCUCGAAGCUGAUCCAGUGCUGGGGCCAGCAGGAAUUUGCCAUCCCAGACAACGUCCUGGGUAUCGUGUACGGACAGACCAUCUGCUGGAUUGGAGCCUUCUUCUCCCCGCUCCUCCCCGCCAUCGCCACCUUGAAAUUCAUUAUCACUUUUUACGUGAAAGAGCUGAGUCUUCUUUACACCUGCAGACCCUCCCCACGGCAGUUCAGAGCAUCCAAUUCUAACUUCUUCUUCCUGCUGGUGUUGCUGAUUGGGCUGUGCUUAGCAAUAAUACCACUAACAAUCAGCAUGUCUCGCAUCCCUUCCUCAAAAGCCUGUGGGCCGUUCACCAACUUCAACACCACCUGGGAGGUCAUCCCCCAGACGGUGAGCACCUUCCCCAGCUCGCUGCAGACUCUGAUCCAUGGCGUCACGUCAGAAGCCUUUGCCGUGCCUUUCUUCAUGAUCAUCUGCCUGGUCAUGUUCUACUUCAUUGCACUGGCUGGAGCACACAAGCGGGUAGUUGUCCAGCUCCGAGAGCAGCUGUUCCUGGUAAGAAAGCACAGACUCAGAGGGUCAAGGCCAGGGACAUUAAACCAGGACUCUGGGCAUGAUGGCACAGGCCUGUAGUCCUAGCACUCAGGAGGCUGAGGCAGGCAGGUCACAAGUUUCACAUAUACCUGGUCUACACAGUGAGUUCCACACCACCAAGACCUUGUUUCAGAUAAAGGGGAAAAGAUAAAGCAGCCCUCUCUAGUUUCAUUCAUUCACCUGGUUCAUUCAUUCAUUAAUCAACUGGCUCAUCUAGUCCUAUGCCAGAGAGAGACAGAAGCAUUAAAGAGUGAGAGAAGCGAUACAUUUGGGGUGGGGAGGUAGCCCCGUGUGUGAAGUGCUGCUGUAUAGGCAUGCGGACCCGAGCUCCACCCAGGCAUCCAUGUAGAAGGCUGCAGCAUCACAGCCUGCAUGUGUAGACCCAGCACGGGGAAGCAGAAUCAGGCAGAUCUCUAGGCUGACUGGCCAGGAAGCCUACCCUCGGGCAAGUUGCUGGUCUAAUUAAGAAACUCUAUUUCCAAACAUAAUGGCCAGGAAACUCUAGAGAUGACUCAGUGGUUAGGAGCACUAGUUGCUCUUGCAGAGGACCCGGGUUCAAUUCUCAGCACCCAUGCGGUGACUCCCAGUCAUCCAUAGCUCCAGUUCCAGGGGAUCUGACGCCCUCUUUUGACAUUCUGCAGGCAGCAGGCUUGCACAGGUGCAUACACACACCUUCAGGCGAAACACUGAUGCCCAUAAACACAUCUAAAGAUAAUUUUAAAACAAAUACCACCCCUGCCUCACCAACCCCACUUGAGGAAUGGUACCUGAGGUUGACUUGUGACUGCCCCCUGAAGGUCCACAUCCAUGCACACAUGCUCCCCCACCUCCACACGAGCACGUACACAUGUGUAAGGGUGUGUACACACAGUGAACUAAUUUCUGUAACGAUCAUAAGAGCUAGGUAUGUGGCGAGAUGGAGGAGCCGAGGCUACAGCAGCCAAUGGCUGUGAGAAGCCUGUCGGAGGUGACGUCAGAGGUAAGACGGGAAUGAUGGCAGUCACCAAUUAUUAGAGGUCCUUAGAGGGAUGGAAGGACCCCGUGUGGGAAUAAGCCAGGCACUUUGGGGAGACAGGAGAAUGGGGGUAUAUGGCUGGAGGGCUGUGAAAGACAGGGGGCUAGAUGAUUCUUUUGACAUUAGCCAGAGGUCACUGCAUUGCCUGGCAAAUUCAAUAGGUUUCGGUUUUACUUAGUAUUUGGUUAAAUUGUCUGAGACUAGGUCUUUGUAGCCCCAGCCCCAAACUCAGGGUAGUCAAGGAUGGCCUUGAACUUUUGAUCUUCCUGUACCCACUUCCUGAGGGUGGGAGUCACAGGCAUGGACCACCACACCCAGUUUAGGCAAUGCUGGGGGUGGAACCCAGGCUGUGUGCAUGCCAGGCACUCAGCCCACACGUGUGUUUCUAGAUCUCCAGCUGUCCCGUGGACAAGGGGCUGUGGUGGGACCUCUGGUGAGGGAGACAGGCCAGCCUGGAAGUCACGGUGGCACUCCAAUGGCUGGAAUCCCUUACCUGGAGUCUGACGAGAGACUCACUGGAGAGAAAUAGCUUCCUACAUUUCUAAACAUAUGAGACAGACUUCGAACCUGCUUCUCUUUUUUAGGAGAGUCGUGACAAGCGUUAUCUUAUCCAGAAACUAACCGAAGCUCAAAGGGAUGUGCGGAGCCAGCCGGCUUGAGCAAGACGCUGCAGCUUCUCAGCAUGGGGCCCUGGAGACCCUACAAAGUCCACCUGAGUGGAACUGUUAAAAUAUAUUUUUCUAGACUUUAGGGCUUUCAGUGACUUAGCCAAACAGGCUGGCCCCUGGAGAGCGGUGGCUCCCUGAGGAUUCUACCAGAACACUGACUUCUCAAGUUGCUCGGGAUUUAUUAUUGAAACCAGAGAAAGAGAUUUUUAUUUAUUUAUUUUUUGUUCAGACUUUUGUAUCUUUAAAAAAGGUUUGUAUGUGUUGUUUUUCAAAGUAAAACUGAGUUCCCCCAUCUCUAAAGCUGGGCGGUUUCUUUGGAAGCCUUUCCAGGUUGAGUGAGUAGCCUCUCAAAUGCCACUGGUGACUUAAAAUUCAACCUGACUUCUUUUUUUCAAACGAACAUGCAUCUUCAGGUGCUAAAGGCUUGGAACAGCUGAUAAGAAUGUGGAAAUGCCAUCCUGGCAGCUCCUGCUGUGUGCCCGGACCACACUUGAAUUUCUGCCCCCAUCAGGGUUGCCCUUGAGUGGGAGACUGAGGCAGGUUGCAGCCCCUCCUUCUCAGCUCUCCAAGCCUUUCCUGCAGUCUUGUUCACUCCUCAGGGGAAAGUGACCUUAGCUGGCUGGCUAGCCACCAACCUUCUGAUUCUACCUGGCUGCAAGUUCUGCGAUCUGAUGACAGAAUUGAAGGAGGGUAAAACCUUGCAAGGCAGAUGGAUAGUUCCUCUCUGUUUUCCAAAUGUCAUUCCUGUCCCUUGCACGGAGUUCUUCAUUCCUGAAGGAAACCAAAUGUUUCAGAGCCAGGCUACAGUGUACUGUUUGGUAUUGAAGUCGUGGGUAAGGCUUGGGGGUUAUAUGUGUGAUUUCAGACAUAGAUCCAUGGCCUAGUCUGUUGAUAAGAACAGAACACAAUACAAACAUAAGUUGGGUUCUGAUUACUUAAAUACACAUUUCAAAGGGCUAGGCUUUGUUUGCCUGCACUUAAAACUUUGGAUGUGUAUACUUUUGUUUUUAUAAAACGUUACAGAAACAGAGCAUCUCUUGCGAUCUCUGCUACGGUAAAAACUGUAUUUAAUAAAUACCUCAUCAUGUGUCUUCCCAAAGCUGGCCCUUUUAACAGUGCCUAAUUCGUUCACCUUUUACCUGAAAGUCUGUCAGGGAGCUACGAGUCCUGUGACAGACAGUUUGAAGCUUCAGUUUUUCACUGGCUCCUAACCUUUUCUGACAUUUAAAAUUAGAUUCAUGGUUUUAGAAAGCUGCCAAGAAGGAUCUCCGUCCUCUGACCUCUGCCUUGUUUCUCAGAAAUGAUUGACUUCUUGCUCUGGAAGGAAAGCAAACUUGUUAUGGCGAACACAUCUCUAUAUGUAUAAAGGGUCCUUUGUGUGUGUCUUC